GAACUUUUCCCCUUCAAUUAUUAUAACAAGUCGUCGCGACCAGGUCUUCGAAAUGUCGGACGCCAAAGCCGCCAAUUGACCAUAAAGUCGACUCCUUUUCAUCAGCAAGCCCGAACACACGCACUCUCUCUCUCAGUCUCUCUCCUCGCACACUCUGUAGAAGAGGGAGAGAGAGAGAGAGAGAGAGAGAGAGAGAGAGAGAGAGAGAGAGAGAGAGAGUAAGCUACCGAUCAACGGCAUGGAGAUCGGUCCGGAGUUGAGAAAGAGUGGCGCGACGCCGGAGGACUGGCGGAAUGCGCUGGGCAAGGUGGUCCCGGCCGUGGUGGUGAUCCGGACCACCACUUGCCGGGCGUUCGACACCGAAGAGGCCGGCUCAGGCUCCGCCACGGGGUUCGUCGUUGACAAGAAGCGCGGGAUCAUCCUCACCAAUCGUCAUGUCGUCACGCCCGGACCUAUAGUUGCAGAAGCAAUGUUUCUAAACAGAGAGGAAAUUCCUGUAUAUCCUAUGUACCGAGACCCAGUUCAUGAUUUUGGCUUCUUCCGUUUUGACCCUGGGUUGAUACAAUUUUUGAGCUAUGAGGAGAUUCCUCUUGCUCCAGAGGCUGCUUCUGUUGGCCUAGAAAUCAGGGUGGUUGGUAAUGACAGUGGGGAGAAGGUCUCCAUUUUGGCCGGUACCCUUGCUCGUUUGGACCGAGAUGCCCCUAUUUAUGAGAAAGAUGGCUACAAUGACUUCAAUACAUUCUACAUACAGGCAGCAUCUGGGACUAAAGGGGGUUCAAGUGGUUCCCCAGUGAUUGAUUCGCAAGGUAGGGCAGUGGCAUUGAAUGCUGGGGGCAAGACGACCAGUUCUUCAGCAUUUUUCCUGCCUCUAGACAGAGUUGUAAGGGCAUUAAAAUUCUUGCAGAAGGGAAGGGAUUCUUGUACAGAUGGUUGGGGGGCAGUUUAUAUUCCUCGCGGUACACUUCAGGUGACAUUACUUCACAAAGGAUUUGAUGAGACACGUCGCCUUGGUCUCCGAAUUGAAACAGAACAGAUGGUGCGCCACGCAUCUCGGCUAGGUGAAACUGGGAUGCUUGUUGUUGAUUCUGCUGUGCCCGGUGGCCCAGCUCACCAUCUUUUGCAGCCUGGUGAUGUGCUUGUCCGUGUAAAUGGGGAUGUAAUUACUCAGUUCCUGGAAAUGGAAACAUUACUUGAUGACAGUGUGGACCGGAAAAUUGAAUUACAGAUUGAAAGGGGUGGCGCACUAUUCACUGUAGACUUGAUGGUUCAAGAUUUACACUCUAUAACUCCUUACUCUUUCUUGGAAGUAAGUGAUGCUGUGAUACACCCUCUUUCAUAUCAACAGGCUAGAAACUUCUGUUUCCAUUGUGGCCUUGUGUAUGUUGCAGAACCAGGAUAUUUUCUUGGAGCUAAAGUUCCACGCCAUUCCAUUAUUAAAAAAUUUGGUGGUGAGGAAAUAUCACGGCUUGAAGACCUAAUUUCUGUUCUUUCUAAGCUGACCAGGGGUGCUCGAGUGCCUUUGGAAUUUAUAAGCUACAAGGAUCGACAUCGAGCAAAGUCUGUCCUUAUUACAAUGGAUCGACAUGAAUGGUAUGGGCCUCCUCUGGUUUACACUCGCAAUGAUAGCAAUGGUUUAUGGACAGGAAAACCUGCUUUGCCACCCGAGUCCCCACUGUUAUCUUCCAGCACGAUUAGCGUUGCGCAAGGUCUCGAAAACAAUAGAGUUCCACCAGUUCUACCAGGUGCUGGUGAGGCUAGUCUGAUUGAGCAUGUGUGUCAAAAUUUCAAUCAGGAUUCUACAAAUGGUGUUACUAGCGUGGAAUGUAAUUCUGAAUGUGUUGCUGAGUUGCAAAAUUCUUGUGAUAACUCUGAUGUUGGAGCCACAAAAAAACAAAUACAAGAGGAUUCUGCUGAUAGCAUUUUUAUGGCUAACUGGUCCUUAAAUGAGCCUAGGGAAAAAAAGCUGGAUGAGUCAAGUAGCUCAGAAAAUGCUUUUUUGGGGGAUUAUCAAGGUUCCGUAGUUGUAACAACUAAUGCUUCUGUAGCUGAGCGUGUAAUAGAUCCUACUCUGGUGAUGGUUGAGGUUCAUGUACCACGGUCAUGCAUGCUUGAUGCCGUGCAGUCAGAACAUUCUUCUGGAACUGGUAUUAUUGUAUGCCAUUCUCCUAACAUGGGACUGGUUGCUGUUGACAGAACCACUGUUGUGAUUUCUACGUCUGACGUGAUGCUCUCUUUUGCUGCCUUUCCCAUGGAGAUCCCUGGAGAGGUUGUUUUCCUCCAUCCUGUUCAUAAUUAUGCUCUUGUUGCGUAUGACCCUUCUGCUCUGGGAGCUGGUGGUGCGUCAGUAGUUCGUGCUGCUAAACUUCUUCCCGAACCUCCGUUAUGUCGUGGAGAUGCAGUCUAUCUCGUGGGACUAAGUAAGAGCCUGCAAGGAACAUCAAGGAAAUCUACUGUCACUAAUGCUCAUUCUGCUUUAACUAUUGGUCCUGCUGAUAGUCCUCGCUACAGAGCGACAAACAUGGAAGUCAUUGAGCUUGAUGCUGAUUUUGGUAGCACAUUUUCCGGUGUGCUAUGCGAUGAGCAUGGAAGGGUCCAGGCUAUCUGGGGAAGGUUUUCAACACAGCUGAAAUAUGGUUCGAACUGGGAAACUCAUCAUUUUGUUCGAGGCAUUCCGAUUCAUACAAUCAGCCAUGUCCUUGAUAAAAUCAUAUCUUGUGCAAAUGGACGAAAUCUUCUCAUAAAUGGUGUCGGAAGCCAAAUGCCACUUAUCAGAAUCCUAGAGGUUGAACUUUAUCCCAGAUUGCUUUCCGAGGCUCGUAGCUUUGGACUGAGCAACAAAUGGGUCCAGACGCUCAUGAAGAAAGAUCCUAUUAGGCAUCAAGUCUUACUUGUUAAAUGUUGUUUUGCUGGAUCAAAGGCUGAGAAUGUAUUAGAACAAGGUGAUAUGAUCUUGGCAAUUAAUAAAGAGCCAAUUACAUGCUUUGGUGACAUUGAAGAUGCUUGCCAUGGGUUGGACCAAUGUGAUGAAAGUGAUGGGAAGCUUAACAUGACUAUUUUCCGUCAGGGAUGUGAAAUUGAACUGCUUGUUGGAACAGAUGUGAGAGACGGGAACGGAACGACACGGGUUAUAAAUUGGUGUGGGUGUAUUGUCCAGGAUCCUCACCCAGCAGUGCGUGCUUUUGGAUUUCUUCCCAAAGAAGGUCAUGGGGUGUAUGUUUCAAGAUGGUGUUAUGGGAGUCCAGCGGACAGAUACGAUAUACUUACUCGCCAGUGGAUUGUUGAAGUUAAUGGAAAACCAACUCCUGAUUUAGAUGCUUUUGUUGAAGUGACAAAGGAGAUAGAGGAUGGGGAAUUUGUUCGUGUACAUACCGUGGACUUGACUGGGAAACCUCGAGUACUAACUUUGAAGCAGGAUUUGCACUAUUGGCCCACGUGGGAGGUUAGACGUAACCCCAACUCAGCAAUGUGGCAACAUGAAACAAUUAAAGCAUGAGACCGAGGUAGCUCAUGAGCGCAUUCUUUUGGGUGUAAAUUGUUUGGGAAGAACACAAGGCUUGGAAAUUACUCCAAAUGUGAUUUGAUGAAUUUUAUUGGUGGUGUUUAUGUUGUUUGUAUUUGGACUUAGAGCCUCAUUACAUGUUAGAUACUAGGGGGCUGUACCGGGGAAAAUCUCACUCCCAGGUCAGCUGCUACUCUCUUACAAUAUGAUGUGCAAUGGUUUGUUCCAUUUGUUUUUUCCUAAUAGAAAAGGUUGGAACCAA